CCAAAGGCAUGCAAUUAUUUGCAGUUUACAGUUCAAAGCCACCGUUCUUAUUUGUAACGGAAUAAACAUCAUGAGCAGCCCGAUGCAAUUUUUUUCAAAAGUUAUCAAACUUUACAAUAAAAGUCAUAUUUUAGGGAAUUUACCAUGCUGCUCAAGGUUCCAAUUGUAUAGAAGUCUCAGCGUCGAUACACCGAAGGUCACCCCAGAGUUCCCAAAAGUGGUGUUCUCAGGUAUACAACCAACGGGCAUUCCCCAUAUAGGUAACUACAUAGGAGCCAUCAAACAAUGGGUAACAAUAGAGUACCCUACGGUAUAUUACAGUAUAGUGGACCUACAUUCUAUCACAGUGUCUCACAAGCCAGACAUAUUGAGGGAAAACAUCCGAGAUAUGGUGGCUUGUUUACUGGCUUGUGGCUUGGACCCUGAUAAAUGUGUGCUCUUUCAACAAUCAUCCAUACCCCAGCACACAGAACUAGCCUGGAUCCUUGGCUGUUUAACUACCCUCCCCCGCUUACAGCAUCUACCACAGUGGAAGGAGAAGUCUCAUGGUAACAUUGAUGCCAAGCUAGGGUUGUUUACUUACCCAGUUCUGCAGAGUGCAGACAUACUACUAUACAAGGGCACCCACGUUCCAGUAGGAGACGAUCAGUUGAAACAUAUAGAGUUAGCUAGAGACCAAGCCAAAGCAUUCAACAAAGCAUAUGGUCACUUCUUCCCACAACCCCAAGCUGUUAUAGGGGAUGUUAAGAAGAUCAAAAGCUUACGAGACCCUCAAAAGAAAAUGAGUAAAUCCGACCCUAAUAUUACAAGCAGAAUUGACCUAACUGACACUGACGCUGAAAUUCGGAAAAAAAUCAAAAAAGCAACCACUGACUCAAUUCAGGAGUUUUCCUACAAUUCAGCAGAACUGCCUGGUGUUGCAAACCUUUGUGAUAUUUAUGCAGCUUUUAGUAAUAAGGACACAGAGGCUGCUAUUAAUGACUUAAAAAAUCUCAACAAGGUUCAAAUUAAGGACACAGUUGCUGCGGCAAUUAUAGACACCCUAGCUCCUAUACGAAGUGAAAUCCUAAGGAUCAAGUCUGAUAGGACUUAUAUUGAAGAUGUUUUAACUAAAGGUGCAGAAAAGGCUGGAACUGUCGCUGAACAGAAUAUUAAGGAAAUAAAAAAGAUGGUUGGAUUUUCAUAAAUAAUACUCAUUUAAUUAGUUUAAAUUGUCACUAAAUUGAUUUGAUGUUUUCACCAUUUUCUUGAAAUUGGAAACGAGUUGAUUUGGCAGAAUUUGGUGACAAUAUUUUAAGAUUCUAUAAUAGGAGAACAUUGAAUUUAAGUUGGUAGUUGUUGGAAAUUAAGUGGUUUUGGACUGAAAUAGUGCAGAGUCUCAGUUGAUAUAACCAUCUAUGGUGCUGGUGACCCAAUUUACCUCAUACCUCAUACAUGUAUGAAUCCAUGUGUUUGGAUCUACAAAUCUGUAAACACAAAAUAAUAUCAAAUUAUAAAUGUUUAUUUAUUUCAAAAUCUGAAAAAUUAUGUUUUUAGUGUGUAGUUAUUUGUUACCAAAUGUAUUAAAUGGAUUGUCCUCUGUUCCAUUUAUUAUUAUCAUUUGGCAAGACUCUUUGUUUUAUCUUAUGUGAAUCCACAUGUUUUAAUUUUGGUAUCAAGAGGCAAUAUGGUAAUACUAUAUUAUGUCAGCAUAUUGUAAUAGUCUCCAACUUUUUUUGUGGCUGGUGUUUG